CCAGAAAACCCCGAGCGAGUAGGGGGGCGGCGCGCAGGAGGGAGGAGAGCCGGGGGCGCGGGUGGCUGGUGGGUGUCGGGGGUGGAGAUGUAGAAGAUGUGACGCCGCGGCCCGGAGGGUGCCAGAUCAGCGGACGCGGUGCCCGCGGUUGCAACGGGAUCCAGGGCGCUGCAGUUUGCUAGGCGGCUCUCCCCAGGCGCCGGCCGCGGAAACACCCUUCCCUGAACCCCAGCUUUCAGGCCGCCGGCUCGCCGCGCACCAGGAGCCGGCGGACAGAAGAGCCGCCAAGCGGCGCGAGGCUGGGGGCCCGCGGGCGCGGCCGCGCGCUGCCGGGCGGGAGGCUGGGGGGCCGGGGCCGGGGCCGUGCCCCGGAGCGGGUUGGAGGCCGGGGCCGGGGCCGGGGGGCGGCGGCUCCCCGCUCGGCUCCAGCGGCUCGGGGUCCCCGGCAGGGCCCCGGAGGGACCAUGGCAGCCGGGAGCAUCACCACGCUGCCCGCCCUGCCCGAGGACGGCGGCAGCGGCGCCUUCCCGCCCGGCCACUUCAAAGACCCCAAGCGGCUGUACUGCAAAAACGGGGGCUUCUUCCUGCGAAUCCACCCCGACGGCCGAGUGGACGGGGUCCGGGAGAAGAGCGACCCUCACAUCAAACUACAACUUCAAGCAGAAGAGAGAGGAGUUGUGUCUAUCAAAGGAGUGUGUGCUAACCGUUACCUUGCUAUGAAGGAAGAUGGAAGAUUACUGGCUUCUAAAUGUGUUACGGACGAGUGUUUCUUUUUUGAACGAUUGGAAUCUAAUAACUACAAUACUUACCGAUCAAGGAAAUACACCAGUUGGUAUGUGGCACUGAAACGAACUGGGCAGUAUAAACUUGGAUCCAAAACAGGACCUGGGCAGAAAGCUAUACUUUUUCUUCCAAUGUCUGCUAAGAGCUGAUUUUAAUGGCCACAGCUAAUCUCAUUUCACAUGAAAGAAGAAGUAUAUUUUAGAAAUUUGUUAAUGAGAGAAAAAGAAAAUAAAUGUGUACAGCUCAGUUUAGAUAACUGGUCAAAUAACUUUUUAUCCAGUAGUAAAAUAUGUAACCAUUGUCCCAGUGAAGAAAACUAACAAAAAUUGUUUAAAAAUGUAUAGACUUCCCCCUUUUAUAUAGCAUCUGCUGUUACCCAGUGAAGCUUACCUAGAGCAAUGAUCUUUUUCAUGCAUUUGCUUUAUUUGAAAAGAGGAUUUUAAAAUGUGUACGUUUAGAAACAAAAUUUCUUCAUGGAAAUCAUAUCUAUUAGAAAAUUACAGUCAGAUAUUUAAUCCCAAACGUCCACUAUUUCUUAUGUCAUUUGUUAGUCUACAUGUUUCUAAACAUACAAAUGUGAAUUUAAUCAAUUCCUGUCAUAGUUUUAUAAUUCUCUGGCAGUUCCUUGUGAUAGAGUUUAUAAAACAGCCUGGUGUGAACUGCUGGAAGUUCUUCCACAGUCAGGUCAAUUUUGUCAAACCCUUCUCUGUACCCAUAUAGCAGCAGCCUAGCAACUCUGCUGGUGAUAGGAGUUGUAUUUUCAGUCUUGGCCAGGUCAUUGAGAUCCAUCCACUCACAUCUUAAGCAUUCAUGCUGGCAAAAAUUUAUGGUGAAUGAGUAUGGCUUUAGGCGGCAGAUGAUAUACAUAUCUGACUUCCCAAAAGCUCCAGGAUUUGUGUGCUGUUGCCGAAUACUCAGGAGGGACCUGAAUUCUGAUUUUAUACCAGUCUCUUCAAAAACUUCUCUAACUGCUGUGUCUCCUACA